AACAGAUUCCAUCAGAUUAACCAUCAGUAACCAAUUAUUUGGAUUAUUCGCUUUUAGAUUUGGUUCUGAUUUUUCAUUCGCCUUUGCUUCCAUUCUUCAAAACUAAUAGGUCAAGGUUUUAUGUGAGCCAUACAGCACUGCAAUAAGCAGAAUGAUUUGAAUGUUUAAAAGCAUACAGCUUUCUCCAUUAAAACAUAACUUUAUCCAUAGUCCCCACAAGUCAAAGAUUUUUUUAUCCUACCACUUUCCCCUUGAACCUUCUAUGUUCAUAGACCAAGAGAAUAAAUUUUGUAUUUAACACCUACACCCCCACUUUCACUGAAAUUUUAGGACAGUUAUUGAAAAAGAAAUUUAUGCACCCAUAGAUAAAAUAGGCGUUAUGUUAAUUUAUAAGAUAUUUUUGUUAUACCAUGGUAAAAUAUUAAAGUAUCAGUAAAGUGUUAUUACAUUUAUCCUUAUAUCUAUUUUAUUAUUAUUAUGUGAAGUUAAGUUGGAAUACAAGAACAGUAAGAGAUGGGAAAUGAAACUUUUGUAACCCGUCAGGGAAUCAAGGAGGUAACUUAACCAUUCAAAUGAAACCUUCUUUCUCACAGAAAAUUUCAUCUAACCAGAAACAAUGAAAUAAUUUCUAAGGACUUACUUCGUCGUGUAUCGAUUGAAUUUUACCAGAAUACACAUUCAUCGUGAGAAUUUUCCUUUCCUUUUUUUUUUUGUUCCUCUUUUCAAUGAGAAUCGAAAAUUACAGACCUAGGCUCCUUGAAGUGAAACGCAUUAUGCAACGUUAUUCAAAUUGUUCAGAGAGGGAAGAUUAUUGAAUCAAAAUUAUAAGAUGAUAAGCCGUGUAUAACCUUCGGGGGAAAUUUCGGUGAAUUAUUUUUCACUUGCAGAAAAUUGCUCGAGCGUUUCGGCUAUGAGAAUAAGAAAAGAACUUAGAGAAUGGCACGUCGUUGCAAACGUUCUGUGCUUUCCAAUCUGAAAGCGCUGAUUGGAAACAAAAAUACGCGACUUGGACAACUAGCGUGCACCCUGUGCGACCAUUACAUCAUGGGAAAUUCUAUCUACGUGAUCAUACUCGGCCUCAUUGGGACCGUGAUUACAGCGUUUGAUAUCAUCCGCAUAAUAAAUUGCAAAUUGCCAGUCAGAUCACCCUCGCAAACCAGAAACAAUGAAACCGUACCUUUGGAUGUGGAAAGAGAUCUAAAGCUAAUGACGUCGAUUCUGGGAAUAGAGCACUACACCUUAAUCAUGCUGGGAGCAAUUACAGAAUAUCCAAUGUUACAUACACCCUGGCUCUUAAUGCAAUUGUGCGUGAUCAUCGUGGAGGUCACUGUAUUCUGUGUGAAAGUAUUUUUGGAUGGACUUCACAUAAAACGCGACGAAAUUUUAUUAUCCGUCCUGACCGUACAUAAUUGGCUUCAAGUGUUUUGUUUGUUCCAUAGACAAGCUCGGCAGUCUCGUUAAAUCUUUAAUUCUAAAAAAAAAUUUGAUAGCAGAAAAUGUUUAUGCAAUUUGAAUUAUUAAAAUUAUUGUAAAACCUUGUACACAAUGUUUUGAUAUAAUAAAGGAUAAUCGUACGACGUAUAUACUUGAAAUUGCAGACUACUUACUGUAUUGUACCAAUUUCGCGUUUG